UAUCGAUAAAUUAUUUAGUGUGGGCUUUGGUUUAUUGUGAAAUUUCGUUUUGAAUCAAUAAUUAAACUGAGAUUCCAACUGUUUUAAAUUAAUAACGCGUUCAACGAUGUCCUUUUCGUUUGGCACACCCACCACGAACACCGGCUUGGGCGGCAGCACUGCAGCACCAGCAGCAGGCGCUUUCAGUUUUGGCGCGCGACCAGCCACAAGCGCCCCGCCGCCAGCCUUCGGCGCUGCUACUGCUACGUCAAGCCUGGCCGGAGCAGCAGGCGCCGUGGUCGGCGCAGCAGCGCCCAGCUUCAAUUUCGCACCGACAGCAGCAAGCACGGCGCCAACGCUCGGUUUCGGCUCGCCAGCUUCAGCUGCAGUUGCUCCAAUGAGCGGCGGCCUUACCCUGCCAACCUUCGGCAGCGCUACGACUACACCAGCAUUUGGCGCAGCAACUGCGACGCCGGCAUUUGGCUCGACGACGGCAGCGCCUGCAUUUGGUGUAACUGCAGCAGCGCCUGCCUUUGGUGCAACUGCAGCAGCGCCCGCCUUUGGAGCAUCAACAAGUACGCCGGCGUUUAGCGGUCUCGGUGCGGCUCCCGCAUUUGGAGCUGCGGCCACUGGCUCCACUUUUGGUGCACCCGCGUCUACCGCGCCGGCUUUCGGCAGCACUGCAGGAGCAGCGCCUGCUUUUGGCAGCCUUGGGGGUGGAACAUCAACUUUCGGCGCUCCUGCCGCUGCACCUGCAUUCGGCACGUCAACCGCUACGGUGGCGCCCACCUUCAAUUUCUCCAACCCCUUGACGACCGCGCCUACCACUGCGCCGCCUGCUUUCGGGACUACAGGAGCGGGAACUCUCGGAUCAGGUACUGGCACGUUUUCAUUUAACAAGCCGCUAGCAACAACCGCAGCCAGUCUCAACUUCAACACGACCACAACGACGUCCACAGCGCAGCCGUUCAAUUCGAGUAUGCGGCUGGGUGGUCCGUUUGCGCCCGCGGCGACGGGAGGAAUCUUCGGUAAGCCGUUAACGACAGGCCAACAGCCGGCCGCAGCUGCGGCUCCCACGUUUGUGGGCCUUGGCGGCAUCGAUGUGAGCGCCACUCAACCCAAGAUGGGCGACAACAAGCAAGACGGGAUCAAGAUCAAGGAGACCCAAGUGCCGGACGAGAUAGUGAAGACAGUGGAUGCCCUUAAGAGUUACAUCAAGCAGCAAAAGACAAUAUCGUCGGAAAUUGGACGCACGUCGACCUCUAAGCUCACCAACGUGAGUCACGAGAUAACGAAUCUGCGCUGGGUCCUGCAAAACGUGGCCAAUUCGGUGGAUGCUAACAAUCGGCACAUCAAGCAGCUGCGCAGCGAAACGGCCAAGGCCAUUCAAUCCCUGGAGAUGGCGCAGCGGACACAGGACACGCCUGCCGCUCUGCAGUUCGAGAACGGAGCACCUUUUCAAUACUUCCAAUGCCUGGUGGCCAAGUACGAGGAGGAUCUGAUUGCCUUUCGGCAGCAGAUCCUGCAAACGGAAAAUCACAUGCAAGCGCUAGCCAAUCCACAAAGCAUAUCGCCCGCGGAUUUGAAGCGAGGCUUCCGCCAGCUGAAUGAAGCCUUCAUCUCGCUGGCUGGUCGCCUGCAUGAGAUCCACCAACGAGUCGAGGAGCAAAAGGAGCAGUACUUGAAUCUACGGCGCUAUCGCCUGCGAGAUACCACCAAUGUAUUUGCCGCCUUGGAGAAGCCAUCCGUGCACACCGAAGUAGAGCCACAGCGAAUCAGCAGCGGCCCGACGCCCUUCACCAACAUCUCGGCGAUGAGCACGCUGAACAAGAGCUACGCAGCUAACGCAGCGGCAACGGCCAACAAUGCAUCCGCAUCCAAAUGCUGAAUAUAUUAUGAUUUUCAA